AUGGCGAACUGGGCAAACCUAGUUCAGAACUGCGUUUCCAAGAAACAGAACAAACAACUCUCAAGACUCUACCUUCUCACCUUCACCACCUUCCUCUGCACCAUCUUCUACCUCCUCGGCCUCUGGCAACACUCCCCGCCGUCACUCGCCGCCGUCUCCGCCGCCACCAAUCUCGCUGGCCGACGCAACUGCGCAGACCCAACUUCCAAUUUCCUCUCCCACCCCAUUUCCAAAUCAACUUUAAAUUUCUCCGCCACCCAUUACUAUCCCGAUCCUGUGGAGACGGCCAGUGAGUUCCACGCGCCGCCUUGCAAUGCGUCGUUGUCGGAGUACACGCCCUGCGAGGACGUGCAGCGGUCGCUGCCCUUCCCCCGCGAGAAUCUGAUCUACCGCGAGCGGCACUGCCCCACGGAGGCGGAGAUGCUCCGGUGCCGUAUUCCGGCUCCUUUCGGGUACCGCGUUCCGCUUCGGUGGCCGGCUAGCCGCGACGCCGCGUGGUUCGCCAACGUGCCGCACAAGGAGCUGACAGUGGAGAAGAAGAACCAGAACUGGGUCCGGGUCGAGGGUGACCUGUUCAAGUUCCCCGGUGGUGGGACCAUGUUUCCACGUGGCGCAAGCGCUUACAUCGAUGACAUCGGGAAACACAUUGAUCUCAAAGAUGGGUCCAUCCGAACCGCCUUAGACACUGGCUGUGGGGUUGCAAGUUGGGGGGCAUAUCUUCUGUCACGAGACAUUUUAGCAGUGUCAUUUGCACCAAGAGAUACACAUGAAGCUCAAGUUCAAUUUGCUCUUGAACGAGGAGUUCCUGCAUUGAUAGGAGUUCUUGCCUCAAUUAGGCUUCCCUACCCUUCAAGGGCCUUUGACAUGGCCCACUGCUCACGUUGCCUCAUUCCCUGGGGCCUCAGUGAUGGGAUUUAUUUGACUGAAGUUGAUCGAGUGCUGCGUCCUGGUGGGUACUGGAUUCUUUCAGGGCCACCAAUAAACUGGGAGAGCCACUGGAAAGGUUGGGACAGGACUCGUGAGAGUCUCAAAGAGGAGCAGGAUACAAUAGAGAAAGUGGCAAAAAGCCUAUGCUGGAAAAAAUUGGUGCAAAAGGGUGACCUUGCCAUAUGGCAGAAGCCCACCAAUCAUAUACAUUGCAAAAUAACAAGAAAAGUCUUCAAGAAUAGACCCUUUUGUGAGGCAAAGGAUCCAGACACAGCAUGGUACACAAAAAUGGAUACCUGCUUGACACCACUGCCAGAGGUGAAUGACAUCAGAGAAGUUAGUGGUGGCCAAUUGUCAAAUUGGCCUGAGAGAUUAACAUCAGUUCCGCCAAGGAUUAGUAGUGGAAGCUUGAAGGGUGUCACGGUUGACAUGUUUAAUGAAAACACUGAGUUAUGGAAGAAGAGAGUAGCAUACUACAAGACCCUGGACUAUCAGCUAGCAGAGCGUGGCAGAUACCGUAAUCUGCUUGAUAUGAACGCUUACUUGGGAGGCUUUGCAGCUGCACUCAUUGAUGAUCCUGUGUGGGUCAUGAACACUGUCCCUGUUGAGGCUGAGUUCAACACGCUUGGUGCCAUAUAUGAACGUGGAUUGAUUGGAACCUACCAAAACUGGUGUGAAGCCAUGUCCACAUACCCAAGAACUUAUGACUUCAUACAUGGUGAUUCGGUUUUUAGCCUCUACCAAAACAGGUGUAAAAUGGAGGACAUUCUGCUUGAGAUGGAUAGAAUUUUGCGGCCACAAGGCAGUGUGAUCUUGCGUGAUGAUGUGGAUGUGUUGUUGAAGGUGAAGAAUUUUGCUGAUGCAAUGCAGUGGGAUUCCAGAAUUGCAGACCAUGAAAAGGGGCCUCAUCAGAGAGAAAAGAUAUUCUUUGCUGUUAAGCAAUACUGGACUGCCCCAUCCCCUGACCAAAAUCCAAUGUAG